CCUCCCACUGCAAAAAUGGACGAUGAAGUGAUUCGCAAAGCCAUGCAGGCAAUGAAUUGGAAUUCACUGUCUGAAAUACCCAUGGCCAACGAUGAAAAUCGUUUACUUUUGAAUGAAAUCCGAUUGCUGCAGGAAAAGAAAGAGGAAACUUUGGAAUAUCAACAGCAAACAGAGGAACGUCUGAAGAAAUUACAUGAACAUUCGAAAAAUGCCGAAAUUACAAUCAAUCAUAAUUUGAAACUACUAAAUGCCUACCAAUCCGAUGUUCGAACCGAGGCUCAUCUUUACAAGAUCGCUAUGAGGGAAUAUUCGAAGUUAAAGGACGAUAUAAAAAAUUCCGACAAAGAAUGGAAUAAUUUCAAGAAAUAUAUGGAAAAUACGGAAAAGCAAAUGUCCAACUGUAAACAAAACAUUGAUAACCUUACAAAUCGCAUAAAAUGGGCCAAGACAGCCCUGAUCGAAUGGCGUAAGGCGAUGGAGGAUGGCAGUAAAGGUUAUCAACUUAUCGAAAUGUACUACAAGGAUGAUCAAAUGCGUGCCAAGCAACAGAAUCAGAAACGUGAAAAACUAAAUGCCGAAAUUGAUAAAUGCCGCCAGAAACUCAUACACAUGUAUGACGAACAGAAGACAUUGGAAUGCAAUUUAGAGUGUACGGCCAAUUUAUAUCGUACAGCCCAUGCUGAACGCCGAGCCAUGGUCGAUACAUGGAAAUUGGCUGCAAGUCAAAUGUCACAACGUGAAAAGGACAUACGCAAUAGUGAAAUGGCUUUAAUCGAUUUGCGUAAUAAGUCGCAGAAGACAGCACGAGAUCUAAAACAUAUGGACAAUAAGUUAAAUGAAAUCAUUGCAAAUAAUCGCGAAGUAGAAGCAGGUAUUGAGCAAUUGAAUUCCGAAACAUCUGAUAUGAAAGAUCAAAUGCAAAGACUCAUUGAUGCAGUGGCGUUGAAAACGAAUGAGGUGGAUCUUAUACAAAAAGAAUUACAAAAUCUUGCGAAUCGGGUCCAACAACAACGUACCGAAAAUCGUCGAAUUAUGAAAACAAAAGAAGAUCUUAUCAUAGAAAUGGAUAAUGCAGAAAAAAUUGUUGCAAAACUAGAAGAUCGUUUACGUUCUAUGUCCGAUAAAAAUAUGAGUGCACAACAACGUUUACAGACCCUGGAGGAUUUAAUGGACGUUGAGGACAGAGCUCAGAAAGCUGUUAAUAAAGAAACAGAUCGUAUAAAUGGUUUAAUCUAUCGUUCACAAUUACAAUUGGUUAAGUUUCGGGAAGAGGGUUUAGCAUUAUCGGUGGAUAAUCGUGGUAUAAUGUCAACAACAGCGGCAAUUCUAAAAAGCAUAGAUGCAACUGAGAAGGAUUUAAGAAAACAAACGGAAUGUAACUAUGAAUUGUCCUUUAAAAUCCUUCAGUUGGAACGACGCAUAUUACAUUUACAAGGCAGCUGUAUUGAUCCAGAAAUUGAACAACGGAACCAAUUUUAUUUAGCCGAGCUGGAGGAACGCCACACGAAAUUACAGAAAGGUGUGCAGGCCACUCAACAACAGAAUAAAAAACUAGAAGAUGAUAUGCGGAAACUCACUAUAACCUAUAAUAAAGACAUGGCUCAAUUGGAUGCAGUUAAUUUUAAAAUCAAAGAAGCCCAAGUCUAUUGCGAAGGUGGGCUAAAACGAAUCAAAGAAGAAAACAAACGUAAUCAGGAGCUGAUUGUUGAAUUAAGUAUUUUAAAAAUGCGUGCAAAUGAAUUUGAAGAAGAAAUUAACAAAUGCGAAGAUAGUGCCUAUAAUCUGGCUAAACAUCGAAUGCAUUUGAAUCGCACCAUAAAUGAUCGUAUGAUCGAAAUAAAAAGUCAAUUGGAUGUCUUGAAUUUAAAACGUAAACAUCAAAUGGAAGAGUUGAGUACACUGAAAGCAGAUAUAGCUGAGAGAAAGAAACAUAUUGAUGCAGUCAAGGCAAGGUUUGAAUUGACAACCAAAUUGUUGGGUGUCAAUGAAGAUGGGUCAAUAGUAACGGCAACCCAAUUGCGUGUGGAAACAGCACAAGAAAAACAAAUGCUUUUAGAUGAGGGCAAUGAACUAAACGAAAGGGUUCUUAAGGCGGAAAAGGAAAUCGAGGCAUUACAAAACACUUUGGCAUUGUUAAACAACAGUAAUGACGUCUAUAGGAAACAAAUGCAAAAAAUACAAGACGGAGAGGAAGCCAGUGCAGAGCUAAAGCUGUUACAAGUCAAUUAUUGUUCAUGUCUUAACACACUUAGAAAUCUGCGACAGGAAUAUCACGAAUUGGAACAAAAAACUCAGGAGGCAUAUAAAGAACGAGAUGAACUCGAUAGACUUCUAACAAAAGAAAAUAACAAGAAAUCUGAAAAUGCAGAUUUCCUAGUAAAAUUGCAAAAAGAAUUACAAGACCAAGCAAAUAAGCUAACACGGGCUGAACGUGAAUUGAAAACUGCAUUAAAGGCCAUAAAACAGAGGGCCAUUAGUGAAGAAUUUUUACGGUUGUUUGACCAAGAUUUGGAUUUAAGAGAGUUGGAGAAACGCAAUUUAAAUGUUCUUAAUCAAUUGGGUGAAAUAGCUUAUUCAGAUUUUGAGCUGGGACCAAAAGUAGCUCGACAAAUAUUAGAUCGUGGCCUGAAAAUGCCUCACAUGCUACAAAAAGCACGCAGCUCUGUGUCCUGGCGCAGUGAUACAUCUUUUGAUAUGAUGUCCUAUGCUUCUUCUAAAGAAAUGUUCACAUCACGAUCAUCCCAAUCGGAAAUGUCCGAGUUAAAACAAACAUCAUCAGCCCGAUUGAGUGUCGUUUCAUUAGAAUUGCCCGAUAAAAAUAAGUCAAAAUAA